AUGGCAGAGAUUCCAGUUGGUGAAUAUCUCUUCCGCCGUCUCAAACAGAUAGGCAUUGAGACAGCUUUCGGUGUUCCUGGAGACUAUGAACUUGCUCUUCUCAACCACGUAGAGCCUGCGGGUGUGCGUUGGAUCGGUACCCCAAACGAGCUUGUUGGGGCAUAUGCUGCGGAUGGAUAUGCCCGCCUCAAAGGGGCUGCGGCACUUGUCACCACAUUUGGGCCCGGCGAAUUGAGUGCUCUCUGUGGUAUUGGAGGAUCUUUCUGUGAAAUGGUUCCUGUUUUGCACAUCGUCGGCUAUCCGUCAUUUGCAGCUCAGUCAAGCGGACGGAUUUUGCACCAUACUCUUGGUGACAAAAGCUAUGACCAUUACGUUCGAAUUUCUUCGGAAUUAUCUUGCGCAACUACGAUUUUGAAGAAUCCGGAGAAUGCCAUCGCCGAAAUCGAUCGAGUUUUGAAUGCCAUGAUGUUUCACUCUCAGCCUGGAUAUAUUGGCAUUACCGAAGAUGUUGUCAAAACAAUGGUGCCUGUCUCCUCACUGAAUUCAACUCCAAUCAAGAUGACGCUGUCGGCUGGCGCUGAAGAUGACCACACCUUGGCGGCCAUCAUGGCAACAUUGGAGUCGUCUAGGAAUCCUAUAGUGAUUGUUGACGGCGGUGCAGGCAGAGGUAGCUGGGCUCCUCACGCCAACGAUCUUAUCAAAGCUCUCAGAUCUUUGCACUUCAACACCAUCAUGGGCAAGGGUGUAGUUGAAGAAGAUGAGCCUCUGUUCGCGGGCUGCUACGCUGGCGUUGGUUCCUUGCCGCAGACAAGCAAGGCUGUCGAGGACUCGGACUGUAUACUCUGGCUUGGCCACAUGCCAUCCGAUUUUAACACCGGAAUGUUCACUGACCAAGUCAAAUCUUCUACAAUCAUUGACUUUCAACGGUUCCAAAUCACUGUAGGAAAUAAGCAAUUUCAAGCAAGAAUGACCUCUGUUUUGCCCAAAUUGACCGAAGCAAUUAAAACGAGUAGCAUUUUGGCUAAGAGAUCGCUUCCUGAGCCUGUCGCGCCACUAUUUGACCAAGUGUUGGACAUUCCGUCGUCAAUAAUCACGCAAGACUAUCUCUGGCCUCGCCUAUCUUCUUUUGUUAAGCCAGGCGAUAUGGUAAUCGCGGAGACAGGAACUUCUCAAGUCGGAGCCGUCGCUACAAAGAUUCCCAAAGGCGCCUAUUACUGGACACAAGCAGUUUGGGGUAGCAUUGGCUAUGCCAUUGGCGGUGCUAUCGGCGCCGCAAUUGCGGGUAAAGAAUUGGGCCGUUAUAAGAGGGUGAUUGUUCUCACAGGCGAAGGCAGCUUGCAAUUAACAGUACAGGCAAUAUCUAUAUUAAAUCGUCACGGCGUGGUCCCGUAUUUAUACACUGUCGAGCGCUACUUUGAGGGCUGGGACGCUAUUUACAAUGAUGUGCCCGACUGGGACUAUGGCGGGCUCUUCAAGUCAUUCUCUCCUGAAGUUCCGACAACCACAUUCAAAAUCCAAACCGCGGCGGAGCUUGACAGGAUACUUUCUGAAGAUGGAUUCCAAAAUGCAACGAGUCCGCAGUGCAUCGAUAUGGUGUUGGAUAAGUACGACGCUCCGGGAGGACUCAAAGCUAUAUUCGACUACAAGAAGAAAGCUGCCAGGGCUUAG